CUGUGCGAUUGUUUACUAAAAACUUUUUAAAAGCCAGUCAGUCAGCUAUCCACCCAGCCAUAUGGAAGUACCUACGAAUUUUUUGUAUUCUAAAAAUACUCAAACUCCAAAGUGAAAGUGUCACGCGGUGAUGCAACUUCAUUAGCAAGCUAAUAUUUUGAUUCUGUCAUUGGGGGCGUGCGACUCAAUCUUGACGAAAGUAGCUCUCACUGACUCACUCCUUUCGUUCUGUGUUUGGUGUCGCAUGCGUUUUGAAUGCACACGUGCAUCUCACGCCAUACAUCAGUUGGUCGAGCGUUUUAAGAUCAGUUUCUUGUAAAACUGCAUCGCGCUAGGUAGUGUCAGAAUUUUAUCCGCUGAAAGAUUGAAAAGAAGUUAUAACGAAGCGAGUCUAAAAAUAAACCGACUGGAUGUUGCCGGAAUAUACAACAUCGUGUGCUUAAUUUAAAAUGUCGUUCGAGUGACAACACUUGAAAAUUUGUUGAGAAAGGUUCAUUGUUCAUAAUAAAAACAGUUCUCGACGCUGGGAGCAAUGAUUAGAUACUCCAGCAGAAAUUUUCUUACAAAAUUUAUACAGCAAAAUUUUUCACAAGGAUUUGAAAAUUUAAAUACGUAGUAGAGAGAAUUAAUAAAAUAAGAUACUUGCAUCUAGUUUCUUAUUUCUGCUAGUUCAAUUUUCUGUUUUCUUUUUGUUUAACAGAACUUUAUUGCAGUUAUUAAUUUUAAUUAUAAACAAUGAACACUAUUACUUUAGAAAUAAGACCACGAUUGAGAUCUCUCAAUGCGUACAUUUCAUUGAAGGAAAGUAUAGAUAAUUCAAGAUUACAAGUCAGACUAGGUGAAAAUGAUAUUAAAAUUGAAAUUCAAGGGAAAUUAUAUAGUUUGCCGCUUGCUAACAUUCAUUUGUUACCGUCUUCUCUUUCAUCCCUUAGAAUAACGGACAAAUGGAUAUCUUUCCGCAUACAAACUGAGCCUAACUAUUUGUAUGGUAAAUUUGAAACUGAAAUAAUUAAAAAUGAUGAGAUCAAUUAUAAUUACAUGAACUUGGCUAAUGAGCUUCAAUUGCCACCAAAGAACAAAAACUGUCAAUUAAUUUGUGCACGCUGCGAAAAUAGAAUUACUAAAAUUGUUAACUUUCAAAGAGUUUUACCUCUUCCAAGCUCAGGUUGUGAUCCACAAGAGUGGUUUUGCCAUAAGCAUGGCAAAGAUGAGCCUUUUUCUAUGGAUCCUAAAGAGUCAGAUUUAUUUUAUUCUUCAAAUUAUUGCCUCUUUAAUACAAAUGUUUUUGAAGACAGGUCAAAACUUUUGAACUCUAGUAACUCUUUAGUCCAAUGCAAUAGAUGUUUUGCUGUAAUAGGAUCAGCCAAAGAAAAUAAUAUGAAAAGUUUAAAAAUAUGGAACUGUUGCAUAAAUUAUAAAAUAAUAGAUGAUGAUAGUGUUAUGAAGAUAAUUUCUUCACCGCUAAGUGACUUUCUCACAACUUUCAAGUAUACAUCAGAUUAUACGAUAGGUGAGAAAAUACUUCUAGAAGCUGAAGAAGCCCAUUGUACGCAUCAUAUUAUAUUAAAAACAAUGGAAAAAAAAUUACACAUACAAAAAACUGACCAAGUAAAUUUAACACAACAAAGUAUUGAUUUGGAAUCAUCUUUUGUUGUUAAAGUAUUUUAUAAAUAUGGAGAGAGUAAAUCAACGAUUAAAAAUAAUGAUCCAGAUGUUGAAUUUAGUGAAUUACCUUUAUCUAGUUUUAUAUCUGGAAUGGAAGCACUGAUGUCUUCCACUGCUAGAUUUCCUCCAGCAUAUAGGAAAGCUGAAGACUAUUAUAUUGGUUAUUUACCAUUAUAAAUUUUAAAAAAUUUUAGACAAUGUUUUAGUAUUUCUACCAGCAUAAAAUAAAGCUGAAGACCAUUAUAUUGAUCACUUGCAAUUAUAAAUUUUAAAAAAUGUUACACAAUAGACAAUUUGUAUUUUACCAACAGAGAUUUGUGACUUUUAAUUUGAUAUAAAGAUUCAUUUACAGAAAAGUAUAUGAUGAUUCUUACAGUAAAACUAGCAUUACUACUUCAGAACCUGUAUAUUGUUAUAGGUUUGAUUCUAUGACCAUAAUGUACAGAGAAUAAAUAUGUGUGAAAAUAAUUUCGAAAAUAAUAAAAUAUUUCAUGGUUUUCUCAACUA